AUGGCUGUUGUUCUUCCCAACGAAGUUAUUUCUAACGUAUAUGAAGACUUGACGACGAAGGAUUUGUAUACGUGCUUGUAUAUAAACAAACAGUGGGGUCAAAAUGCAGCCAGGCUACUCUGGGAGACCGUCUCGUUGAAUCCUAAGAAAGCUAAUACACUUAUAUCUCUAAUAGAUGAGGCAAUAGAAUGCAAGGGUUUCGAGCUUCCGCAACAUAACCCAUCGCCCAUGUAUCCAUACCCAUAUUUUCUUACUAGAUUCAAUGCCUCAGACUUACAUAUUACGCUCGAAAAAUGGCUUUCGCAUGAAGAAGGCGUUCAAAAGUGUACCGUACCUUUUGAUGAAUGGUUCAGAUUACGACAUACUCUGGCGGACAGCCUUCUUAAUCUCUACUGCAAGUACAAUGCUACAGUGCAAGAAGUUAUGCUCAGUAAUAAUCAGAACAUCUUUUAUACGGGCCAUGAAUAUAUAAUCUCGGCCAUGCGUACGAAAUUCAAUCCUUUAUUUACCAGGGCCCAGAAACUAUAUGUGAAGGUGAUAACAGGCACUUCAAUUCAAAGUUUUUAUGAUGGAAUGCGAGAGCACUGUAACUCUUUGACGGAAAUAAUUAUCGAAGAAGAAUGGAACAACAAUAAGUAUGAUAAAUGGAAAGAUACAAUUGCUGGAUUGAUAAAGAGCCAAUUGAAUCUGAAGAAGUUUACAUAUACCACUCAGCCAUAUAAUGAGGGAAGAUAUAUUAGAAAAAUGAGCAAGAUACUGUUAAAGUAUGCUGCUUCUUUACAAUCUCUUACAUUCAAGGACAUUAUGUUUCAACAUAAAAAAGAAUAUAAGAAUCCCUUGGAGUAUAUUAAUCAAUUCCAUAAGUUGGAAUACCUUGAAUUUAACAGAUGCAUGUAUGUUAAAGGACAGCUUGCUUCACCUUUUGUAAGAGGAAUGUUCCCUAAUCUUCAAAAGGUAGAAAUUAUACAGUGUUAUGAUUCUCAACCAAUCAAGGAAUGGGCUGAGGAAAUCAAUAUGUGA